AUGAUGAAAGUACCUAAAGCUGGCCGGCCACUUGCAAAGUGCCCUCACCCCAAGGGUACGUGCAGUUGUCAGAAGGUCUAUGCGUUCAUGGUCAGAAUUCCAAAAGGCUCAACGUGCCUAUGUCGACCCCUGUAUCGCGUCCCUAUGACUGGACAGCCAUCUGGGAAGGUGUCGCCAAAGUCUAGCCCACCACUGUCAGUGGCCUCAUCUUCUACUACGUCACAGCCAAAUAGGGUGCAAAAGCGCACGAGGCGACAGAACAGCAUCCAGUCGCAAUCCGAUGUUAUAGCCAAUGGGCUAACAGCUCUUGCUGAGGACUCUGAAAAGCCCAAUUUAGAAAAUGUGAAGCCCAUUACUCCAUACACUAAUAUGCGUUCCCCAAUAGCUCCUUUGCAAUGCCAUGUACCCACUAUCCCCUCAGAAGCUUAUCAUCAGAGCUUGGCAGCGCCGAGGAUCAAUAAAUUACAGAUGGCACUACCUGUUCAGGUGCCUAGUCCAUACAACACCUCGCCAUCCAACUUUGCACAAGGAAGCAGUCCUACACAUGCUCUGACAUCACCUACUCCCCUCUGUCCGGCUCCUUGCUGUGAGAGGGUAACGAAGUCCGAGGGAACCUCUGUCAAUGCAGGUUCCACCUUUGUACACACUUCGCCGCAGGAAACGCGCCUAUAUACCUUUUCUGGACCCGAUCCUUCUUCUAUAUUUCGACGAUCGUCUGGGGCCCCAAAGGUCGAGUCCUCCGGAAGCUUGAUGCAUCACAAUUCAAACGCGUCACUAGUAUCUAUGGACCAAUUUUCCGCUCCCUUCUCGUUAGCUAAUCCUCCUUACCGCAACUCAUACCCCUCUCAGAGCCAUAUAGGAAGCGUUCAUUUCGCUCAAGGUGUUCCAUCCAGCCCGGCUAAUCCCUUUCCUCAUAAUUACUUUGGAUUCGAAAGCCAGCCCGAACAUAACUGCGGCUGUGGGGAUGGUUGCCAAUGCCUGGGGUGUGCCUCCCAUCCAUUCAACGACACUACCCGCCAACAUAUUCAGGAGAUGGGAUACUUGAUGACACUUCAAAGCAAUGAGGAAGGCGACAACCGACCUACUUCGUCUUACGGUAGAAAUGAUUUUUCGACGCAUCUGGAGGCGUAUAAUCCACCACAGCAUCCUUCGGGACAAAGCAAUAUACCGGGGAGUUUCACCGGUGAUUUUAUGAGCCAGUCUAUCCAACCGCUCGCCAAUGAGGCUUCCCUACCGACCCACGGGAUAUACAGCCAGCAAAACUACGAGCCAUUAAUGCAACCAGGGGCAUAUUACACCUUAGAAUACCCAGUGGGUCUAUCAGAUUUUGCUCCUUGCACGAAUAUCAUGGGCACUUGUCAAUGUGGAAUCAAUUGCAAAUGUAUCGGCUGUCUUACCCAUGAUGGCCACAAUGGGGUCUCUUUAGAACCAUCUCCACCGCCAGAUCGACCAAGUGGGAAUGUAACGUCGACUACGGACAAGCCAGUACCUCAAACGCAACACAGGAUGGAGCUACAACCGGAGUCCUUCGGCCUCAAUCAUCUCAAAACAGAGCCGACGAUCAUGGAUUAG